UCGACACACAUAUACUUGUGUAUCACAUGUACAUCUUCACAUCGUUGUGAUACUUGUAUUAUUUUGACACCUUUCCUUGGAACUAUCGUAUUGGCCAUAAUUGACCAUUCUUUCCCGUGUAGGUCAAUUCUGUGGACCAUGACAUGAUUUGCAUAUCAUUUGCAUACUCGGGUUAAACGAAGGCAAUCCCGAUGUUGUCGUGUCUGUAACAUAUUCUGUCAUCUGUGUAUCCAGAUUCCACCUGCAAAUGUAGGAUCAUCACUGCGUCAUUCACCACAAGGAUGCAGUUUUAUUGUGAUUUCAUCUGCGGCAUUUGAAGCCACCCUGACCUGUUUGAUCCAGACGGGAGAAGCUGUGUACGCCGCCCCACAGUGGAUUGUCUGGAAGUCUUCAACUGUCCCAUGAUGUAAACACCCUUCAGAACUGAAGCCACGGGUCCCAACUAUGGCAGGAACACGGCAGCACAAAGGCAGGACAGAGUCUGGUGCCAAGACAACGAUAUCCCUGGAUGACCCAGCCUCCUGGCCGGGCCCCAGGACAGUCAACCUGAAGAGAUGUGGGGACGGCUUCGGCUUCACCUUACGGCAUUUCAUCGUGUAUCCCCCUGACUCUGCUGUACAGGAACAUCUACAGUAUGAAGCAGGAGGGGCUCCACCAGAAGACACUGAAGGAGGCAUCAGGAAGAAGAAGAGCAGUAAGAUCAGUAGUCUGGAGCCCAUGGACACCAUCUUUGUCAAACAUGUGAAGGAAGGUGGUCCAGCACAACAGGCAGGACUCAACACAGGAGACAGAAUUGUGUCUGUAAAUGGAGAGAGUGUGACAGGGAAAACAUACUCACAGGUCAUAGCACUGAUACAACAAAGUAAAGAGAACCUACAGCUGCUGGUGGUGCCAAAAGAUGAAGAUGUCUUACAGCUGGCCUACCAGAACUCUGCCUACAGUGGCUUCCGUGAUCCGUAUCGAGGCAGUGCAGCAGAGAUUCCCAGUCCACCUAGUCUGGACAUCCAGGCCAACAAAAGUCUGGCCAGAAUGCAGUCAGCUUCCUACGCGUCCCUGAGACAACAGAGUAUAAGUUCUGAGCUGGCUGCAGAAAGCACAGGUUCCCUGUCCAGUAUCAGGAGCAGGGACAGUGGGAGCUCCAACUCGGUGGACGUUGCUGGUAAUGAUGCCAGAUUGAAAACUACGAAAGUUGAGAUUUCUCGCCGAAGUUCCGAGUCAGCACUGGGGAAAAUGGUGGAGAGGUUUGAGAGAAUAGGGGAAGCUGGAGGGUACAGCCCACAGGAGAGGAGAGGACCGAUGUCACAGAAAGUACGGUUUAGGAUACAGGAUGGGAACACAGUCAUAGACACAGCAGUCGGACGGAUGGCUACUAAGGAAACAACGGACAACACAUCUUCCAAACUGGUCAGUAUGGGCACACAGACUGAUACAAAGAAACAGGAGGCUGAAGGAGGUGCCACCAGGGAGGAGUCGUUUGUGAAUGAGCUGCGCUGGGCACAUCGGAGUUCUAUGCAUCUAAAACCCGACCAUUCUCGGUCCUCCUCUGAGCCAGUGCCGGACUCGAGUAGCAGCAGAGAUUCCCCACAUCUCAGACACUUGGGAGAGUUCAGGAGAGGGAGUAGUUCACAGGGUCUGCGCAGAAUAGAUGAAGGAAAGUACGGCAGCAAGGAAAGUGUGUCCAGUGUGAGGUCAGAUCCAACCGCUGGCAUCAGAGUCACCACUGAAAGAGGAGAAUCCGGGGGAAAGACUAUUCACAUCAAGAUCCCCAAGUCCCAGUCAUUGGACGUACAAGCAGGGUACACACCAGAAACUAGCAGGAGAGGAGGCACCACCGUGGACGUGGAGAGUAGGAGUGUUGCCAAGAGAAUACCCGUCAGUUCCACUACAGUAGCCGCCAGGACGGCACAGUUCGAAACUAGGGUUCAGAAGAAAGCUUCCACACCCACCAUACAGAGGCACAGCACGGACUGGGAGCCAAAAAGGUCCACCAGUACUAAGGUGUUUGUACCGGAGACAUCAGAACAGAAGGUGGACAUGACAGGGAUCCACUACGCCACCAGAGUACGCAUCACGUCAGACGGCGAGAUUGCGUCCAGUACUGAGAAGGAGGAUUUUUCAGGAAAGAAGACUUCGUUAGUGCGUAAGGAGUCGUACAUCCAUGCGAUGGAGGCUGGCAGUGUGAGGGCGACAGGCGCGAGCACCAAGACUGUGACGGUGAACGUGAGGAAGGGCAGCUCGGGCGGGGUGACAACAGUCACAGCCAGCUCAACAGCAAUCCCCAUGGAAAUGGCUUCCAAGCUCCAUGUAAGCUCAGGGACUCAUGCUCAGGCCAAUAUAAGCUCCUCCCCUGCUGCUGGCCUCACUACAGCUGCCUGCAGUACCAGUAACGACCACACGGUGGUGGUGCUGAGAGAGAAAAAUGUGAACACGGGUGCUGACCAGGUGCGCAGCACACGCCGCUCUUCCUACCUGAUGGCCACGUCACCUGAAGCAGACCAGCUGUCUCCAGAAUCAGACGACGUGUUCUCUAACAAAGAACAAUACACUCCACAACGGAUGCCCAGCAUAAGGAAACUCAAGAGUUUCUUUGGAGAAAAUACACCUAAGAUCCAAGAAGCGACAGAGGAAAGUCUUGCAGUGAGGAGGUCUUCAGAAUCAGCACCUGUGACCACGAGUACUGCUGAUGUCAUCAAGGAGGGCUGGCUCAACUACAGACUCUCUAUUAACGAGAAAGGAAAGAGAGUGAGUGGUGCAAAGUGGAAAGAGGCCUGGGCUGUGUUGAAAGCUCACAUGCUGUACAUCUGCAAGGAGAGAAGAGCAGGGCCAGUGACUGUAGCCGUUGGAGAUGAACAUCCCAUCAGCAUAAAGGGGAGCAUCCCCGACAUCGCGUAUGAUUACACCAAGAGGAAGAAUGUGUUCAGGCUGCUGACUCACAGUUCAGUCAACUGUGUCGAGUAUCUGUUUCAGGCUGAGAACCAUGAUGACAUGCUGUCCUGGAUCUCAGCUAUCCAGAACAACGCAGCUCAGGAUGAUGAGGAAGCAGUAGGUAGCAGGGAACUCAUCCUGAAGAGACAUACGCAGUAUGGGGAUCUCCUCAAUCUGAGAGUUGUACCUAGGAUAAUAGUAAGGAGUGCUGUCAAACUUUUCUUAAGCCCCCAGGCCACAGGACGGGCAGCUCCGUCCCCUACUAUCCAGCUGCGGGGACUAACCAGACGGCCGAAAGGCUCCCAACCUUCUCCUUCCACCUUCAGGAAAGCCAUUAAAGGCCCUGAGGAUUAUGUCGGUUCAGUCAAGACGAAGCAGAACUGGAAGGAGUGGUUCAGAAGACUUGGUCCCAAGACUUCAGCAUCACCAGAACCUAUAGGAAUGUUUGGUGUACAUCUUGAAGAGUGUACGCCAUCUGGGUCUAAUGAGUAUGUCCCCCUGAUAGUGGAACUGUGCUGUACCAUAGUGGAGGCUAAAGGUCUGGAGGUGAUCGGCAUCUACAGGAUCCCUGGGAACUCCUCUGGAGUGGCUCAUCUGCAGGAGGAGUUAAACAAAGGCAUCGAAAACAUCAACCUGGAUGAUGAGAAAUGGGGUGAUACCAACAUCAUCAGCUCUCUGCUGAAGUCUUUUUUCCGGAAACUCCCGGAUCCACUUGUUACCAACAGCAUGUACGGCAGGUUUAUCGAAGCAAACAGACACAAGGACUCCAGAAAAAGAAUGUGGGCACUGCGAGAACUGGUCCACGCACUUCCUGAUCACCACUUUGAAACUCUGAAGUUCCUUGUUGGUCACUUAAAGAAGGUGGCAUCAAAGUCAUACAUCAACAAGAUGGAGGUUCGUAACCUGGCCAUAGUGUUUGGUCCCACCCUGGUGAGGACGACCCAGGAUAACAUGGCCAUCAUGAUCCAGGACAUGUCAGACCAGUGUCGCAUCGUGGAGAGCAUCAUCAGACAUUCGGACUGGUUCUUUGACCCAGAGGUAGAGGGCAAGCCUAUCCCAGUAGACCCAACAGACAUCGACCCUGUCACCAGUAUCACACAGCUACUGAACGGGGGAGGGGGCAGUCGUGUGGAGGAGGUGGAGGUCAGACCAUCAGCCAUAGGAGAUUCAACCUCUGACAACUCGGCCGACCCCAAGAAGAUUGGCUCCACCUUCAUUGCGCAAGACGUCAACAUCCAAGAAAUAGUGCGGGUCAUCGUCGGCGCUGCUGUCCUCAAACAGCAACAGGCAGUGAGAGAGGAACAGCAGCUGCAGCACAGCUACUCUGACGAUGAGGAAGGUUUCAGCAAGGAUUAUUUCACACGUGGGAUUCGCCUCCGCCGCAGCUUCCAGCCCCGCAAGUCUAGCAGUAGUGAGCACAUCAACCAGGGUUCAGAGGUCAAGGUCAACUCCACAGAGGACCUGAAAACACCCUCAAGACACAACUCAGAAAGUUCACUGGACAGGAUAUCGAAAGCAACAGAGCAGCUAGAUCGAAGUGUAGGGAAUGUGUCUAACCUGAGCUCCAGGAAGAUGCAUUACUACUCUGUCAGCAAACACCAGCCAUACUCCCCGGAUCUAACCAGAGACUCCAGCUCUCACGCACCCUGGCAGGAUUCUGUUGUGCGCCGCCCCUUGUCAGACAGGUCCACGUCACGUGCCACAUUUUCCCUCAGUCAACAUUACUACAGUAGAUACGACCUGGAGACCAGAGCUCGGCAAAUGAAAGAGAACUACAAGAGACACAAGGUGAUCCCAGACAAGGAGUACAUCGAGCGUCAGCAUAGACAGGCCAUCAAGGACUUGGAGAAUGAGGAGGGAGGGAAGGAGGUAGUGAACGACAUCUUGUCUCGCAGUGCUCAGCAGAGACAGAUCGUCAUCAAACUGUCAGAUGUCACAAAAGAGAUUGCCGAACUGUCGCAGAAACACGAUGAGUUAGAUGACGGGGUGGAAAAGUCUCUGUCUCGAAUCUCUGCAGACUCCAGAGUUGGCAGGUUGGAUGGGAAUCAUCCGAAGGCAGACGUGGCUUCAGUUACUUCUGAUUACUCCACCACCUCCUCAAGUAACUUUGCCACGUUAGAGUCCAAGAGAUCAACCAGCAGUUCAUUAGUCGACACCCUCAACACC